AGUCGGCGCGUGCGCAACACGCGUCUAUUAGCCACACUCCAAGUCCGAUGCGAUCGCGAACGCGACGUUUUGUCUCCUAAUCUUUUUGUCCUAACAAUUCGUUCAAAUGGAAGUAUUGAGGACACACCUCAUUUUCCUUUGUUGCGAUUCUCUAUAACAUGCUGUGAAUAUUCUUUGUAAGUUACAAUAGCAGUGUUAGUUCUACUUUCCUAAAAUUUAAAUAAAAUAAACCCUGUGAAUAUAAAUUUACACCUCAUUACUGGCAAUAUUUAUACGGAAGUACUAGAUAUUGAGAAGAUAAUUAUUACUGGUGGGAUCAACAGCGGCUAUUGUUGUGAUGAACAAUGUUUAAACAAAAGCUUUUUCUGCUGAUGUGCGUAUACAGCGCACUAGCUGCUCUAGAUAGUUACAGCGCGCAGCAAGAUCCCGAUCAGUUCCAUAUACAAACAGAUGAAGAUGACGAUCGUUAUUUCCUUUACCAAACGCACAACGGCCAAUAUCGUAAGGAGCGACGACUCAAAGAUGGUUCUGUAGUUGGAACCACGGGCUGGGUGGGCGCUGAUGGUUUUUUAAGACUGCAAGACUACAUCGCAGAUGAUCAAGGAUACAGAAUUUAUAAAUCCAAAACAGUUUACGUGGGAGAAAAUCGACCAAUAGGAGAAUCUCUUAAAAUAGCAAAAACAGCACCAACUGAUUCUGGUUUCAACAUAACUCCAGCACCAGCCCCUCAUCCUCCGCGAGGGACUCCACGCUUCAGUACGACAACUCCAGCCCCUCUUCCUCAUUCUUCUACACAGAGCAUACACAAUAUAUACCCCUCAGAAAUAUCCAUAACACCGCCACCACUAUCUUAUUCUCGUCCUACCUCAACACCCAAAGUUGACGUGUCAUCUAACUCUAUCGAUUCAUCGACGCAAUACGAUUUUAAGACAACCGUCACUCCAAUCACAGCUAGCGAUGAUUCUACACCGUCGAAUCCUUAUAAUUACGAUUUAUCUAAUACCAAUACAAUAGACGGAUAUUACGCCAGUGAUAGCUCUCCAAAUGGCCGUUUUGAUGUUAUCAAUCCGAAUUCUUAUAGACAUGCAAAUGACUGGACCAGGCGACAAAAGCCUGAAGUGCGCCUCGGCGAUGGCUACACUCCCCAAUUCCCAGGCUAUGAUGGUGUCGCAUUUAGAAGGAACGGAUUCCGAUACUACCUUCCUAAGCAAUAUCAUGAAGAAGAAACCCAAGAUGCUGAUGAAAGAACAGGCAGUUUUGGAUAUAUAGAUCCCUUCGGAAUUCGUCGAGUAAUAUAUUAUAAUACAGCCCCUGGACAAGGGUUCCAAAUUCGAAAAAACAAUAGAUAUGUUGGCCAUGAUGCAACUCCUUACGACCCAAGACCUGCAAAAUAAGUUUAAUGCACUAAUAUUCAAUGUGUUGUAGUUACCACAUAGUAUUCUUAUUAAAAAAAAGUGAUUGCUAGAGACAAAACGAUUGAUCUUCGAACGAAACCUCUUAGCCAUAUUAUUGUUUAUAAGUUACUACGUAAGUAAUAAAGUAGUUACAUAGUUAUAAAGUAAUAAAUAUAAUUUAUUUUAGAAUGACAUGUGGCUAAGCUAAAUUAAUAAAAAUGUAAUCGAACUAUUAACAAACUAAAUGAUUCAUUGAAUUUAUAAUAACUUGUGCCAUGAAUUGAAACUGACGAAUAAAAAUUACAUUACCUACUCUACUUAGUUACGAAAACAUUUAGAAAUAUGAAUAUUGAUGUUAUUGGUGCUGUUUCCAUACGCAAAAUUUACCGUAAUAUGUUGAUAUUUGUAAUAAAAUACUAAAAAGGAAUUUGACUAGUAGUAGUAAGGCCGCACGAAGCGAGCAUUGAACUUGACUUAAUUUGUUAUUUUCUUACGAAUGAGCAUGCGUAGGCAUAUAUUGUAAUUACGCUUUACCAUGUAAGGAAAAAUCCUUAAAUGUAUAAAAAGUAUUUAAAAUACAUUCAAAAUUCAUUUUUAUUCUUAAAUUCAAAGUAAGUUGUAUAUGUUUUUGUAAAAUAUAUUUAUAGACGUAUAUUUAAGUAUUUUGUUUUGUGUAUUUAUUCUAAACGUGGUGACAGUACUUGCAGCGUUAUAGCGAAUGAUUUGUCAUUAUUUACUAUAAUAUAUAUAUUAUGGAAUAUAGGAGAAAUUUAAUGACUUCUCGUUGCUAUGACUAGUGGGAAAUAUUUAUAACACUUAUUUAACUAGAUAACCAAAUAUAAAAUGUUAUUUAUAAUCACAUUUUAUUUUACACACGUAAUUAAAUACUAGUAAUAAUGAUAAUUUGUGAUUUACAACACUAAAUGUUAGCAACAUUUAGUGAUAAAAUAAAAUAUUGGUAAUUAACUACAGAUGUAUUUAUAAUGACUGCAAUAAAUAUUUCUUGUUUAACAAA